UUGUUGCUAGUCGACCAAGAUGUACAACAGAAAACGCUCAAGAUGCGAGACCCAAGAAUCUUGCCUGACUCAAGAUUCGACUGCCCAACUUAUAAACGAUCCACCGGCAUCAUGUGUGGGUGUAAGACAUCUGCAAGUUCUUCUUCUGUUCCUAUGUAUGAUGUUUGCUUACAUCAUCAGGGUAAACAUUUCGCUUGCGAUUGUUGCCAUCACACGAGACCUCGACGACACAGAUAACGGUAAUGGUGCAAUAUAUGAUUGGAGUACUUCCACCAAAAGUGUUAUUUUGAGUGCCUUCUUCUGGGGCUACCUUGUGAUGAAUCUUCCAGCUGCAGUGAUUGGGCAUAAGGUGAACAACAAACAUCUGCUGGGUUGGAGUUUUGCUGUGGCAAGUAUACUGAGCAUACUGACUCCGCCACUGAUGCAUCUUGCUCCUAAAUACAGCCAUGUCAUCAUGGUGGUGAUAAGGAUAUGUCAAGGACUUUCACAGGGCUUCAUGAUGCCAAUGGUUCAUGGACUUCUAUCUCGGUGGGGCCCCCCAAGAGAACGAGCGAGAUUCGCUACUUUUGUGUUAGUAGGUCUCAACUUUGGUUCGAUGCUCGUGUUGGCGUGUUCUGGAUUGCUCGCGUCCACUCCAUGGGGCUGGCCGAGCAUAUUUUAUUUCUCCGGAGGUCUCGGCUUAGUUUGGGUGAUACUAUGGAUGCUGUUAGGUGGCAAUAGUCCUGAGUCUCAUAGUUUUAUCUCCGAUGAAGAGCGAGACUACAUCCUUAAAUCCCUCCCGGGAACAGCACGAGAGGGAGUUUCGAGUCAGAUGGUGAUUCCCUGGAAGCAAAUAUGGAAGAGUGGUCCUGUGUGGGCAGUGACUCUGGCCCACAUGGGGCAGAACUGGGGCGUGUGGACGAUACUGACUGAGAUACCUACGUACUUCAGUGAGGCGCUCGACGUAAACCUGCAGAAUGAUGGUCUGAUAACGGCAUUCCCCUUCCUACUAAUGUGGAUCGUCUCCUUCCCUCUCUCCUACUUAGCCGACCAGUUGAUCAUCAGGGGAUACACGUCCGUCACUGCGUCCAGGAAAAUAUGGAACUCUGUGGCUCACUGGGGUGGAGGGGCCGCACUGUUAGGAAUGGCGUUUGCAGGGAAGAACUCAACGCUUGCGUUCACCCUGUACACAAUAUCCAUCACCCUCAACUGCUGCGUUUACAUGGGUUUCAACGUCAACCAUCUCGACCUCUCGCCCAACUUCGCUCGUAUCUUGAUGGGUAUCAGCAACGGCUCGGCAAACAUUACGGCCAUCAUCGCCCCACUCUUUGUGGGAGCCGUCAUCAAAGAUGAGUCGAAAAUUGACAACUGGAGGAUUGUGUUCGUCUGUUCGGCUUUCGCUUUCUUCCUGGCCAACGCAGUGUUCCUGUACUUGGGUUCCGGAGAGCUUCAACCAUGGAAUGACACGGACUCUGGUGCAAGUUUGGAUCCUGAAUCCAAAAGUCGACACAGAACUGACAAGAAAAGCUCUAAGGAAGAAAAGAUCUGAAUAAAAUGAUUUGAAGAUAAUCGAGGAGUAAAAUACCCUUAGGUCAAAUUUGAGGAGAAACUUUCAUUUGGGAAGUAUGAAUCUGUACCGAGAAACUAUCAAUUUUUAAAUGUAGUUUUAGCAAACGGCAUUCAAAAGAAAUAUUUUCUCUUGAAUCAUAUUGGGGUCGGUUCAAGAGUUAACAUGAGUAAGUAAAACCCAGAUAUACAAAUGCCAUUGCCAUGUACUGUUUACGUUUCAGAAGUAAUGUUUUUUAAAAGAGUUCAUUGAAGUUAUGACAUCUGGAUAUCAAGUAUUGUUGUAUGAUACAACAUGUGGUAUUUUCAAUAGUAAGCUUAUUUUAAUUGUAUCUAGACCAUAUAUACUUAAGAAAAACUCUCUAGCUAAAUGUUCUAUUACUUCUAAUACUACUGAACUUUUAAAAACUCAAACCUAUUCAAAAGAAUUGUUCAUGAUGGAACAAAAAUGAGAAGAGGGGUAAGCAAGAAUUGCUCUCACAGUGUUAUUCAAGUUACUA